AAUUAAAAAAAAAUGUAAAAAUUGAAUAUCCAUCUUGGUCCUUCCAUAAUUUGGGAAUGUUUUGGUCCUUUUCGACAAAUAGCCGUUUUCGGGUUGUAAAGAAAAGAGCACGGAAAACGUCAAAAAGCAAUCCACGCUGGUUUCUCGUUCACUGCCAAACUCCAUCGUUCGAUUCAGACUCUCCCUCCUCCUCUUUCUGUAGUUUGUUUCCCUUGCCUGCAAAAAUUUAACCCGCUCCUCACCAAAUCCCGAUCUAAAACAAAACCUAUCUCUUUCUAAUUCGCAGAGGAACAAACCAAUUGUAGAAAGAGCAGAAAAUGGGGACAGACGAUGUUCCUUUGGACGACAAGGCGAAGAGAAUGAGAGAUCUACUAUCGAGCUUCUACUCUCCAGAUCCGUCUUCGACUCCUAACGCUCCUUCAAAGUACGGCAUCUUAGAUGCCAUCAACACCUCCUCUUUCGAUCCCGAUCAGUACAUGAACCUCCUUGUACAAAAGUCGAAUUUGGAAGCGCUUCUUCAGAGGCACGUUGAAAUGGCGGCCGAAAUCAAGAAUCUCGAUACUGACUUGCAAAUGCUGGUCUACGAGAACUACAACAAGUUUAUCAGUGCCACGGAUGCAAUUAAACGGAUGAAAAGUAAUAUUAUAGGCAUGGAAGGAAAUAUGCAACAGCUUCUUGACAAGAUAAUGUCAGUGCAAUCUAGAAGUGAUGGGGUCAACACUUCUCUUUUUGAGAAGAGAGAACACAUUGAGAAGUUGCACCGGACACGUAAUCUUCUGCGUAAAGUUCAGUUCAUUUAUGAUCUGCCUGCUAGACUCGGAAGGUGCAUCAAGUCAGAAGCAUACGCUGAUGCAGUCAAGUUCUACACUGGAGCAAUGCCAAUUUUUAAGGUAUAUGGAGAUUCGUCAUUCCAGGACUGUAAACGAGCAUCGGAAGAAGCGGUUGCUAUAAUAGUAAAAAACUUGCAGGGAAAGCUAUUCUCAGAUUCUGAAUCCAUUCAAGCUAGAGCUGAAGCUGCAGUGCUUUUGAAGCAGUUGGAUUUUCCGGUGGAUAGCUUACAGGCAAAACUACUUGAAAAGUUAGAGCAAUCUCUUGGGGACCUUCGGCUUAAAACAGAUGAAAUUGAGAAUGUUUCGUUGGAGUCUAACGAUACUUCUAAACUGGGAAAGGUUUCUGACUCCAUUCCUACUACAGCUCAUGAGGCUUCUGUCCGUGAAUUUGCGGAGGCUAUCCGUGCUUAUCGAGUAAUAUUUCCUGACUCAGAAAGGCAACUGAUUACACUUGCAGAAGACUUGGUCAUCAAGCACUUUGAAAUGACUAAGCAGUAUAUAAAGAGACGGAUUUCUUCUGCCAAUCUCCUGGGUGUUCUUCGAACUAUAUGGGCAGAUGUGCUUCUGAUGGAUGAAGUGUUAUGUGAGGCUGUUCUACCUGAUUUUUCUCUGGAGGCUGCCAAAGAUGCUGUUAAACUGUAUGUUGCCAGAACAUUUACCUACCUUCUGCAGGACAUAUCAGAUGCCCUCCUGAAAGUAAAUGUUAAACCAAAAGAGGCAGCAGAGGAGCACCCCUUGCAGGUUGCUUUGGAGGCCAGCAAAAAAGCAGUGCUUCAGGGCAGCAUGGAUGUCUUACUGGAUUUUCGCCAACUUCUUGAUGAUGACUUAGGGCUGCUAGUUAAACUGAGAGAUUUCAUAAUUGAUUGGGUCCAAGAAGGAUUUCAGGACUUCUUCAGGGCUCUUGAUGAUCAUUUUCUCUUGCUUUCUGGAAGAAAGAAUUUAUCGAGUCAAGAUCACGGAUUGACAGAAGGAGUACACGUUGAAAAAGUUCUUGCUGGUCUCGUCCUGGUGCUGGCUCAACUUUCUGUCUUCAUUGAACAAACUGCCAUCCCAAGAAUUACUGAGGAAAUAGCUGCUUCCUUCUCUGGUGGAGGUGCUCGAGGCUAUGAAAAUGGGCCUGCUUUUGUUCCUGGGGAGAUAUGUCGAAUAUUUCGGUCAGCUGGUGAAAAGCUGUUGCAUCAUUACAUAAAUAUGAGAACUCAGAAGGUAUCUACUCUGCUAAGAAAGAGGUUCACAACACCAAACUGGGUCAAGCACAAGGAGCCGAGAGAAGUUCAUAUGUUUGUUGAUUUAUUUCUUCAAGAGUCGAAAGCAAUAGGAUGUGAGGUGAAUCAGAUUUUACCUCAAGGGCACUUGCGUAAGCAUCGGCGGUCUGACAGCAAUGGAAGCACCACCUCAUCACGUAGCAACCCAUUACGAGAUGAUAAAAUGAGUAGGUCAAAUACCCAGAGAGCCAGGAGCCAGCUCUUAGAAACACACCUAGCAAAAUUGUUCAAGCAAAAAGUUGAAAUUUUUACCAAAGUUGAACAUACACAGGAGUCAGUAAUAACGACUACAGUAAAACUUUGCCUUAAAAGCUUGCAAGAAUUUGUCAGACUCCAGACCUUUAAUCGAAGUGGUUUCCAGCAAAUUCAGCUGGAUAUUCAGUUCUUAAGGACUCCUUUAAAGGAGUCUGUUGAAGAUGAAGCGGCAAUUGACUUUUUACUUGACGAGGUGAUUGUUGCUGCUUCAGAGCGUUGUCUUGACCCGAUUCCUCUGGAGCCUCCAAUUUUGGACAGACUUAUACAAGCCAAGUUAGUAAAAUCGAAGGAACCUAAUCCAAUUACACCCUAGAUUUUGAAAAGUGAAAUUGGUAUGAUUGGCCCUGAUUCUUUGUUUCUCGGACUGUAAUUUCUUGAGCAUCACAUUCACUUUGAUGUGAUUUAUUGGUCGAAAGGUUCAUACCCAUUCCUGAAGAGUAAUUCAAGCUCAAUAUUUACUGCUCA